CCCAGUGAGCUGGAGCAUUGAAGAAGAUUCUCCUGCCAAUAGCACUGAAAAGAAAGAAAAAGGAGCAAGAGCCAUGAUGAAAUCUGUGGUACUUGUCACCCUCGGACUAACUUUGCUGUUAGGAACACAAGCCAUGCCUUCAAGUCGCCUCUCCUGCUAUAGAAAGUUGCUAAAGGAUCGUAACUGUCACAGCCUCCCGGAGGGCAGAGCCGACCUGAAGCUGAUCGACGCAAAUGUCCAGCAUCAUUUCUGGGAUGGGAAGGGAUGCGAGAUGAUCUGCUACUGCAACUUCAGCGAACUGCUCUGCUGCCCAAAAGAUGUCUUCUUUGGACCAAAGAUCUCCUUUGUGAUCCCCUGCGACAACCACUGAGGAUCUGCCCUCUGGAGAACGUGGUCCUGAAGGCCUUCACGUUUCCUAAUUUCCCACCAACUCUAUCAGUUCAGCGACAUCUCGGAUGUCCAUCCGGUAUAGCCAAUCCUGCAUAGAUUCUAU